CCGCCGAAGGGGUCAAUAAAAAACCCUUGCACCUAUGUGGCUCCGCCCCUAGAUACACCCAUGUAGAAGGUAUUCCAAAUAGAAGGGAUUCUUAAACAUCAGAUACUUUGUUGCACAACUGCAUAGAUUCCUACUGUAGUUUUUUUGCUAGAAUAUAAACUGCAAGAUUUGACAAAUGGUGUCCCUCCACCUCAUCUCAAUAUGAUGUAAACUGGAAAAACUGUUGUGGAGAAGUUAAAAGAUCAGUUUCUCCUUUUAAAGCACGAGGCAGAAACUAACAUAGCAAGAAACAGAAGAGGCAAUACAUAUUGAAAAUAUCUGUCCUGCUUCUCUAUGAGAGUGCUUAAAAUGCACCAAUUAUUCUGGAAACUGAAUUAGCAGCUACAAAUCAUGAUGACCAACUUUCAAGUCGUCCAUCUGGACAUAUCGAUGGUUGGUACUGGUUUUGAAAAGAGCUUUAGGGUCAAAGACUAGUCAGUUACAUGCUAGUUGAUUUCAUUAGUAACUUGUUAGUUACAUGAUAUAACACACUUCAAUAACAGUAUAGGAGUAGAAGAGAAAAUAAGUACAUAAAAAACACAUAAGUUAGCUAGUGAAGAAGGUACCGACGUUUUACACCAUGAUGACCAUGAUGGUACCUACUCCUUAUCUUAAAAAGCAAAAGCAGGGAAAUUCUUAAGAAUAUAAGCACAUGGUGACUCCAUUUGUAGAGAAUAUUUUUGAUACAGUUACAGGCAAUCUAAUAGUUAAAACCAUCCAAAUGUAAGAUGCUUAGUUCAAUGCACAGAUUGUCAAAAAAUUGACCAGCAGUAACAAUUGAAGGGUGACAAAAGGUUUUCCAAUUGAUGCAGAAUUUAAGCAACAUUUUGCAACCUAGAAGAUGGAAACAUAUCUUGGUAGUUGUUUAUCGGCCUAAAAUACUAUAGCAUUGGCGCGUCCAUCUUAGCCAUAGAAUUGGAAUUAGGGGAUCUAAUCUCUUCCAGCUAGGUGAAUUACCUAUCUGAUCCACUUGCUGAUGAUAAUACUUUUAAAAAAAAAAUCAACCAAAAGUCUGGUCACAAAUACUAUUUUCUUAUUCUCCCUCCACCUAUUCUCAUUAGCAUUAUUUCAAGAAUCAUGUAUUGUACCUCUCCAAAAAGAAACGCAAAAAUAUUCGCCAACUUGCCACCUUCUCCAGCUUAUAAGGAUCUAGCUUAGCAUUAUCUUGCCCAUACCAUUCACUUAAGCACUUGGCUUUAGGUGAGGUAGCUCUGCACUUCUCCCCAGAGCUUCUUCUCCUUUUUCAGCUUUAGAAUCCUCUCUACAGCUUGUUCAAUUAAUCAAUCAAGUACUAAUCUUUAAUGGCCUCAUGGACUGCAAGGCAAAACAAGAAGUUCGAAGAUGCUUUGGCUUUAUAUGACAGGGAGACUCCUGAUCGCUGGCAUAACAUUGCCAGAUGUGUAGGAGGAAAAUCAGCAGCAGAAGUGAGGAGGCAUUACGAAGUGCUUGUGAAGGAUAUCAUGCAAAUAGAAAAUGGCCAAGUACCUUUACCCAAUUACAAAGCCGCAGCUGAGAGCAAUAGCAGAAGUUAUGCCAAUGAACAUAGGCUUCUGAAGAACCUGAAGCUACAGUGAGAACAAAUUUCGCAGCCAUGCUCAAUAACAUCACAAGUUCUCCGUUAUAUGCCAAAUGCAAAAGCAUAAAUUGUGAAUUCAUGUUAAGUUUUUGAAGUACGAAAAAUGUAUGACUGUUAUUGUCCAUCUGUAUCCAUUUAAUGUCUGUCUUACUGUGUAAUGUUUCUCAAAAGCAUAAUAUAUAGAUAUAAUAUCUACUUCACUUCCACAUUAGUUUAAUAUGUUCAUAAAAUAAAAACCAAAAUUACAUGCUUCAUAGUCGUCUGAAUUCAACAGAUCGCAAUUCUCAAAUCAUUUGAGUUUUUCUUUUCAGUUUCAUGUAGAGUUUACCUUGUCCCUAACAUCCUACUCUCAAAAUGAAAAAGUUUAAAGAAAUAGUCACUAAAUGCAUCGACAAUGAUCUCUAUUGUCGACCCGGUUACUUUAUGCAUUAAACAAGAUAAGCUUUUUCUAAUCCCCUUGAACCUUUACCUUCUGGGCAUCAAGCAACAACAUAAUAAGUCAAUUAAAGGAACUUUCUCAGUAUCUUUUUCUUCCUUUCCUUUCAGGUUCAAUUUGGUACAAAAGAAUCUAAACACUCAGUACAAAGACAAACUUAUAAAUAUAUAUAUAUAUAUAUUCUAAACUCUUAGCAUAAAUAUUAGUUUAAGUUAUCAUCACAGGU